UUAGAAGUAUGCAAAGUAUAGCAACUACACUACAUAUGGAGAAGCCAAGAGAGUCUCGCAUGCAACAAAGGAAGGGCGUCACUCUAUUACUCUUUCCACUACCACUGCAAGGCCACAUAAACCCUAUGCUUCAACUUGCCAACAUACUCUACUCUAAAGGGUUCUCCAUCAUCAUAAUUCAUACCAAAUUCAACUCUCCAAAUCCUUCCAAAUACCCUCAUUUCACCUUCCGUUCCAUCCCAGAUGGCUUGUUCGAACACGAAACUUCCACUGCAGAUGUUGUGCAUUUAGUUACACUGCUCAAUAUCAAGUGUAUUAGAUCAUUUCAUGAUAGUUUGAUUAAAUUGUUGUUGGAUGUUAAGGAGGAGCCUAUUGCUUGCUUGAUCACAGAUGCUGACUGGUACUUCACUCAAGCUGUUGCUGAUAGUAUGAAGCUCCCAAGGCUUGUGUUACGCACCAGCAAUAUUUCUUCCUUUCUUGUUUAUGCUGCUUUGCCACUUCUGCUGGAAAAGGGUUAUAUCCCCAUCAAAGAUUCUCAAUUAGAAGAGCCAGUGCCAGAGCUUCCCCCACUUAAGGUGAAAGAUCUUCCAGGAGUCAAAACAAGGGAUGUGGAGGAUUUUUAUCAUUUACUAGCAGAAUUAGUGAAUGAAACCAAGGCCUCUUCAGGAUUAAUUUGGAACUCUUUUGAAGACCUUGAGCAAGUUGAACUAAGUGCACUAUGUAAGGACUUUCCGAUUCCAAUCUUCACAAUAGGUCCAUUUCACAAGUACUUUCCAGCCACUUCAAGUAGCUUACUAACACAAGACAAAAGUUGCAUUUCUUGGCUGGACAAGAAAGCCCCAAACUCUGUACUCUAUGUGAGCUUUGGGAGUAUUGCAGAUAUAAAUGAGGCUGAAUUUCUGGAGAUAGCUUGGGGACUAGCCAAUAGCAAUCAGCCCUUCUUGUGGGUGGUUCGACCUGGAUUAGUCCUUGGGUCAGAAUGGAUUGAACCAUUGCCUCAUGGAUUCCUGGAGAAGUUAGGUGGAAGAGGGUGUAUUGUCAAAUGGGCUCCUCAGCAGGAAGUGCUAGCACAUCCUGCCAUUGGAGGGUUUUGGACACAUAAUGGGUGGAAUUCUACAUUGGAGGGUAUAUGUGAGGGUGUUCCUAUGAUUUGUCACCCUAUAUUUGGAGACCAAAGGAUAAAUGCAAGGUAUGUGGCAGACAUUUGGAGAAUUGGGUUGCAUUUAGAGUAUAAACUAGAACGAGGGGUGAUAGAGAGAGCUAUUAAAAGAUUACUGGUAGAAGCAGAGGGACAGGAAAUGAGAAAGAGAAUAAUGACUUUGAAGGAGAAGGUGGAGCAUUGCCUGAAACAAGGAGGUUCUUCAUAUGAAUCUCUAGAGAGAUUGACAAGUUAUAUUCUGUCAUUGCAGCCUUUGAGUUCUCAUUGAGCUAGCUUGCUUUGAUUAUGCCCAUAAGAAAUAAAUGUAUGAUCAAUUUGGUUGUAGACUUAUCAUUGUAAGGGAAGGAAAUGUUAGCUGCGUGGUGUUCA